CUGAAGUAAAUUUCGCGGGAAAUAUUUUCAGCGGGUUAUGAGUAGUAGUUGGGUCUGCCGGAAACUGAAGCUGAUGUUCAAAGAUUAUCAUGUAUAAUAUGGAAAUCAAACCAGAUCUUUUUAAGGAUGUUAAAUUUUAUAUCGUUGAUGAUAUAGAAGACCAUGAUAAAGUAAAAAAGUUGCUUCUUGAUGGGGGUGCAAAGUUAAUCAAUUAUUUGUCUGACAUGGUCACCCAUGUCAUUGCUGACAAUGCUGACAGCCCUGAUGUUAGUGAAGCACAGGAACUUUUUGAGAAGCCUGUUGUAACUAACCAAUGGGUAAAGAUGUCAGCAAAGUGUGGCACUUUGCUACCUAUCAGCGGAUUUUCACCUACAAGAACACAGAUGUUCUCAUCAAUCAUUGCUUGUCCAAGUCAGAUGUCAGAGAGUGAUACCAAAGCAGUCUGGGCCAUGGUCACUUUCUAUGGGGGUAAUUUUCAGCUGGACCUGACAAAGAACUGCACUCAUCUUAUUGCUGCUAAACCUGAGGGGGCAAAGUAUGAACGAGCCUUACAAACACAUGAGCAAAUAAAAAUAGUGACACCAGACUGGGUGGUUGAUUCCGUCAAAAACAAGAUGGUUUGUGACGAAGACCUAUAUCAUCCACGUCUUUUAAUUCUACCAGAACCAGAGCAGCCCAAACUCUCUGUCAUAUCUUCGUCAGAACAAACCUCUGAAACAUCAACAACACGAAACAACUUAGUUACUGAGACAGAGAUAACUCUAACACUGCCGAGCCAGAAUCCUCCCAAUUCGCAUUUUGCACCCCGAAUUGUGAGUAUUCCUAGCAUAAGAGAGUGUAAAGCAACCUUAGGUGUAGGAGAAUCUCAAGAUCAGGUGAAACUAGUAACACUUCCACAUCAAUAUGAAGUUAUUCAGUCUCAGUCUCAACUGUCAGCAACUAAUGUUGAUACCCCAUCACCUCAGCAGCAACAAAUGCAGCAAUUUCUCCAACAGCAACAGCCUCAUAUUCAACAACAACUGCAAGCACUGGAUCAACAACAGAGUCAAUUGUCUUCUCAGCAGAUACAGCAAAAAAUAAAGCUGUUACGACAACAGCAACAGAUUCCCAGACAUCUGUUGCAACAACAGCAGUUGCAGAAACAGAUUCAGCAAAAACAGCAGCAGUUUGUCCAGCAGAGGUUACAGUGGCAACAACAACAACAGAACCAACAACAGCAGCAACAGCUAGGAAUGCAGUUUGUACAAAAGCCUCAACAACAACCACAGCAGUCCCAACACUUGACACAACAGUUACUUAGAUUACGACAGCUUCAAGACCAGAUGCAACAGCAGCAACUCAAUACCCAGCAGCUUCCUGGUCAACAGCAACAGUAUCAAAUCCAAAACCUUCCAAGACAAAAGGCUUUACAGUUCCAGCAACAAACCACGCCUGGACAGCCACCAGCACAACUUCUACAACAGCGACCUCCAAUGGUACAGCAACAGCACCAAACAGCAAGCCAGCCCCCAGUGCAUCACCUGGCUCAACGACACCAGUUAAUUCAACAACAGCAGCAACACCAUCAGCCAGCCACACAUGGUCAGCCACCUGUGCAACAUCUGUCUCAGCAACCUCAACUCAUACAACAGUCACCACAGUUGAGGCAACAGCUGUAUCAACAACAACAAACAUUUUUUCAACAGCAGCAGCAAGUUGUUCAGACUAGUCAGGCCACCCAUGCACCUGGACCAAAUACAUUGCUGCAGCAACGACAACAGAGCAUGAAUGCUUCCACAACACAGCCUCCUGUAUUAACUGGACAGCCUCAGGUUGCACUGAAACCCCCUCCUCAGUAUCCUUUCACUGAACAUAACCAAUUGACUGGCCAGCCUAGACUACAGUUUCCUCCACAGUCACCUCAGCAAUUAAAUCCUGAGCCGAGAAUGCCCUUUCAGCAACAGCAGCAACAGAUCCAGCCGAGAGAGCUUCUACAGCAACAAACCCAACAUGUUGUACGUUGGGCUCCUUCCACACCAAAAGAGGACACCCAGGAACAAGCAUUACAGCGAAAGAUUUUGUGGCAACAACAGCAACAACGACAGGCACAACUUGAUACAGACCUAACCCAAAACCAACAAACUCCUGUAUGGCCCCAGCAACAACAAACAUCAUCACAAGAACAAAACACACAGCUGCAACAGCAGAUACUACAGUGGCAACAGCGUGAACUCCAACGGAGACAAAAGCUUCUUCAGCAGCAGAAACAACAACAAGUACAAAAACCAUUGGGGCAAGUGCAACUCAUUUCUCGGCCCCCUCCAGAGUACCCAGGUGGUACUACUAGUCAAGUACCCCCGAGUCCUGGUUCUCAGCCUAACAUUACCGUGGUUCCUUGUCAACAGUCUUUAGUACAUACAUCAGGAGGUGUUCAACAGGGUAUACAAACGCCACCACAAAUUACUUCUGGUCAAUCUGCUGCUCAAGUUAAGCCAAAGACUAAAACAGCAUUGGCUAACCUGUUGAACAACAGACUUCUCGGGAGUGUAAAGGGAGCAGAUGGAACUGAAGAUGGUCAGGUUCCAAACAGGGUUUCACAGAUCCAAACUCCUGCUGCCCAACAGCCUUCUGCAUCAUCAGGUGGAAAAAAUGGUCAACAGUUUAUAUCACCACAGGCUACAGUAGGAGGGGCGUCAUUCCCAGGUGCUGGUACGGCUGCAGUGGCUUCAAGAGAAGUAACAUUUUAUGGACACGACCCACUAGUCCAAGUUCCUGGAGACCUUUGUCUGUUAGGCUGUGUCUUCUGCAUUGAAGAUUAUAAUCGUUCAGUAGAGGAAGACAAACUGUUUACCUGGAGCAAGGUUGUUGAACAGCAUGGAGGUGAAGUAGAAAAUUCAUAUUCAAGUCGUUGCUCACAUGUUCUCUGUGAGAAGCAACGGAAUUCAGUUGUACAGCAAGCAAUGAGAGAAGGGAAGCGUUGCGUUACUGCUUAUUGGCUGAAUGACGUUCUUCUUCAAAAGAAGAUGAGAGCUCCUUGGCAGGCUUUACAUUUUCCUUCUCCUUUCUCAGAUGAAAAGCCGUGUAAAAACUGGAUUAUUGCUGUGACAAACUUUGAAGGUGAAGAACGAAGCAUCUUGAAACAGAUGAUUAUUGCUACCGGUGCCAAAUAUACUGGGUACAUGAGUCGUUUAAACUCCUUGCUUGUUACUAAAAGACAGGAAGGAAAGAAAUAUGAAAAAGCAAGAGAGUGGGGAAUACCUGUUGUAAAUGUUCAGUGGCUAAAUGACGUUUUGUUUGGACACUUAGAAGCUCUGAGGUUGCCAAUGGCCCAGAAGUAUCAGCAGUAUAGUGGUGUAAACCAGUUUAAAGUUGAUUAUGCAUUAGUUCCACAUUUAAUGACUGCAUGGAGAGUUCCUAUAAAGAUUACAGAAGAAAUGUGGAAAAAGUUUCUUCCUGGGGCCCGAGCGAAGUUUAAUGCAGAGUUGGAGAAUAAGAAAAGAAGAAGUGAAAGUGGUGAUACUCUUGACAUCAAGAAACAGAGGCUCUCACCUGAGUUGGAAGAAAACAUUCCUUUGACUACAAAUAAUCCUCCACCAGAGGAAGAAAAACCAUAUGUGAUGUUUACUGCUCUUAAAAAUACCGGCCACCUCUCUAGGAUUGUCAUUCAGUUGGGUGGACGACUUGCACCAUCGGCCAAAGAAUGCUCCCACUUGGUUAUUAACAAGUUUGCUCGAACAGUCAAGUUUCUAUGUGCUAUUAAUGUGGUAAGGUAUGUUGUGACGUCAGACUGGCUGCUGGAGAGUGAGAGACAGAACAGAUUUGUUGAUGAGAAACCCUACAUUUUAGAAGAUCAAGAAACUGAGAAACAGUUUGGUGUUAAAAUCAAACAGACUUUAAAGAGAAGAGGCAGGGGCCCCCUGUUCAAGAACAUGGUGUUCUUCAUCACUCCAGGAGUCUACCCACCUCCACUGGUCCUCAAAGACAUUGUAGAGUGUGGUGGUGGAACAGUAGUAUUGAAAAGAAGACCGACGUACCGACAGAUCAAAGCUAUGGCCCAGGCUGGUACCACUUUCUAUGUGAUAACGUGUGACAAUGACCUUCACCUAUGUAAGGAUUUUCUACAAAAGAAAAUAGGUGUCCACAAUGCUGAAUUCAUCCUCACAGGUGUACUAAGACAACACUUGGAUUUCAGUGCCUUUCUCUACACAUGACACUACUUCAAAAGCCAAAUAGCAUUUUGUACAGAUGUUUAACAAAUAUUUUGUUACAAAAAGUCCCCAUUAAAUGACUAUUACAAUUCUGGGGGGGGGGGUCUUUGUUUUUGUAAGAUGCUCUAUUAUGCAGUAGUAUUUAUGAAAAUUGAGAGCAGAGUUUUUAUUACAAUUAGGAACUUUUCGUAUGUGAUUGUAUUAAUCAUUUAUAUUUAGUAAUAAAUAAACUUUAAAAUAGUC